AGGUCAGUGAAAAUACAGAGUUUUCUUUGGACCCGUUGGAGCCUCGAACAAGCCAAAAUAAAAUCUUUGACAGGUUAAGCCGCUAAACUACAUAGACUUCUUCGUCAGUCUCUCUCUCUCUCUCUCUCUCUCUCUCUCAAACUCAGCAGUUGAUGGUUUGCAAGAGCCCACCUUAGGUCCUUAGUCAUGUCGGUUUUGAGUAUAUCGGCAUUCUCACUGAAUUCUCGUCAUCUUCCUUCUAAUGGCCCUCAUAUGGAUCGAUCAAGCUUCUGCUACAACGGAAAUGUUUUUGCUAUCAAGGAAGUCAACAAUUUGCCAUGCUCAGGCAUGGAUACUUUUGGGAUGCUUUAUGGCCUUUCAUCUUCCUCAAUACUGCAUAAUCCAGUUCUUGCAUGUGCUUUUGGAAAAGGAACUGUAAUCCAACACACACCAGCACAUAUUGGCCGAAUAUCCCAUUUAAUGUCAUUGAGACCAUGUCAAGUUAAGAGUGAAGAUUCGGAGGGAACUAUAAGCGGUGAAAGUAUCAUACUGGAUGAGCAAACCUUGGAGCGUGAGUUGCAGAUUGCGGUUGCGGAGGAGAAUUAUGCUCAAGCAGCAAAAAUCAGGGAUAGCCUCCGAGUUCUUCAUGAAGAUGGCAAAGCUUCGGUACUGGCAGCAAAUGCUCGGUUUUACAACUCAUUUAGGAUUGGGGAUCUGGCUGCCAUGCAAGCCCUUUGGGCAAAGGCUGAAAAUGUCUGUUGUGUGCAUCCUGGUGUGAGUGGGAUUUCUGGUUAUGAUCUUGUUAUGGGAAGCUGGGAGUUCGUGUGGGCAGACUAUGAAUUCCCGCUAGAGAUUGAGCUGAAAGAUGUUCAGGUUCAUGUUAGGGGUGAUCUAGGGUAUGUUACCUGUGUGGAAUUGGUGAAGACGAAAGGUAGCAGUUGGGGAAGACAAUUUGCCACUAAUGUGUUCGAGAAGAUUGAUGGUCAAUGGUUUAUCUGUGUUCACCAUGCAUCCCAUGUUGACUUGUGAAGUAUACUGCAUAUCCAAAGAUACAGUUUAUAAUAGAUUACAUAGAAGGAUACUCUUCUUUGCUGCAUGUUGCAAUUUUGUUAUAAGCUUGUAUUUUGUUUGUCCCCAAAACGGGUUUGUUUUCAUUAGUUGCAUAGAAUAAUAGCUAAAUUGUAAUGUGUAUUUUGCUCUUGUAGUUUUUUUUUUGGCUUGUGUUUGAUCAGGCUAAGGGAUUGUUUGGAAGUGAAUUUAUUAAGUGCUAAUAAUGUAUACUAGAUUAAACAUCAUUGAUCAAA